CCGGAGGGAGCGCAGGGAGCAAGCUAGCGAGCGCUCGGAGCCCGGGCCAGCAGAGGGGGCGCCCGGCCGCUGUCUGCACCGCCGCCUCCGCCGCGCUCCGGGGCCCGGGGAGGAGCGAGGGCGAGUCGGAGAGUCGGGAGCCGAGCCGGCGAGACUCAACUGCAGGAGGGCGCCCGCCCCACUCCGCCGCCUCCUGCGCCCGAGCCGGGGAGCCCCCGCCGAUCGCCCUGCGGGCCGGAGGGCAGGGAGCACAGGUCCCCGCAGCCCCAGGGAUGGUCUAGGAGCCGGCGCGAGGCUCGCCAUUUGCUCCCAGCCGGGGCUUGCCGCCUGCUGCGGAUCGCCCAGGGCUGUGCGCCGCGGCGGCCGGGGGGCUGCGCGCCGGGGCGGCCCAGGCCCGGAGAAGUUAGUUGUGCGCGCCGCUCGUGCGCGGAGUCAGCGAGCGAGCGAGGGAGGCAGAGAGGCGCCGGGGCCAUGGGCUGGGGAAGCCGCUGCUGCUGCCCGGGACGCCUGGACCUGCUCUGCGUGCUGGCGCUGCUCGGGGGCUGCCUGCUCCCCGUGUGCCGGACGCGAGUCUACACCAACCACUGGGCGGUCAAAAUCGCCGGCGGCUUCCCAGAGGCCAACCGCAUCGCCAGCAAGUACGGAUUCAUCAACAUAGGACAGAUCGGGGCCCUAAAGGACUACUACCACUUCUACCAUAGCAGGACGAUUAAAAGGUCAGUUCUCUCGAGCAGAGGAACCCACAGUUUCAUUUCAAUGGAACCAAAGGUGGAGUGGAUCCAACAGCAAGUGGUAAAAAAACGGACAAAGAGGGAUUAUGACUUCAGUCGUGCCCAGCCGACUUACUUCAACGAUCCCAAGUGGCCAAGCAUGUGGUAUAUGCACUGCAGUGACAACACACAUCCCUGCCAAUCAGACAUGAACAUCGAAGGAGCCUGGAAGAGAGGCUACACGGGAAAAAACAUCGUGGUGACCAUCCUGGAUGAUGGCAUUGAGAGAACCCACCCGGAUCUGAUGCAGAACUACGAUGCUCUGGCGAGUUGUGACGUGAAUGGGAAUGACCUGGACCCAAUGCCUCGUUACGAUGCAAGCAACGAGAACAAGCAUGGGACCCGCUGUGCUGGAGAAGUGGCAGCCGCAGCAAACAACUCUCACUGCACAGUUGGAAUUGCUUUCAAUGCCAAGAUCGGAGGGGUUCGGAUGCUGGAUGGAGAUGUCACGGACAUGGUUGAAGCAAAAUCGGUUAGCUUCAAUCCUCAGCACGUGCAUAUCUACAGUGCAAGCUGGGGCCCUGAUGAUGAUGGCAAGACCGUGGAUGGACCGGCUCCACUCACCCGGCAAGCCUUUGAAAACGGCGUUAGAAUGGGGCGGAGAGGCCUCGGCUCUGUUUUUGUCUGGGCCUCGGGAAAUGGUGGAAGGAGCAAAGACCACUGUUCCUGUGAUGGCUACACCAACAGCAUCUACACCAUCUCCAUCAGCAGCACAGCUGAGAGUGGGAAGAAGCCUUGGUACCUGGAAGAGUGUUCAUCCACACUGGCCACCACCUACAGCAGCGGAGAGUCGUACGAUAAGAAAAUAAUUACUACGGAUCUGAGGCAGCGCUGCACGGACAACCACACUGGGACCUCGGCCUCGGCCCCCAUGGCCGCAGGCAUCAUUGCGUUGGCCCUGGAAGCCAAUCCGUUUCUGACCUGGAGAGACGUGCAGCAUGUUAUUGUCAGGACUUCCCGUGCGGGACAUUUGAACGCUAAUGACUGGAAAACCAAUGCUGCUGGUUUUAAGGUGAGCCACCUGUAUGGAUUUGGACUGAUGGAUGCGGAAGCCAUGGUGACGGAAGCAGAGAAGUGGACCACUGUUCCUCAGCAGCACGUGUGCGUGGAGAGCACAGACCGACAAAUCAAGACCAUUCGCCCCAACAGUGCGGUGCGCUCCAUCUACAAAGCUUCGGGCUGUUCCGAUAACCCCAACCACCACGUCAACUACCUGGAGCACGUAGUUGUGCGCAUAACCAUCACCCAUCCCAGGAGGGGAGACCUGGCCAUCUACCUGACCUCGCCCUCAGGAACCAGGUCCCAGCUUUUGGCCAACAGGCUCUUUGAUCAUUCUAUGGAAGGAUUUAAAAACUGGGAGUUCAUGACCAUUCAUUGCUGGGGAGAGCGAGCCACCGGUGACUGGAUCCUUGAAGUUUACGAUACCCCUUCCCAGCUGAGGAACUUCAAGACUCCAGGGAAAUUGAAAGAAUGGUCUUUGGUCCUCUAUGGCACCUCCGUGCAGCCAUACUCACCAACCAAUGAGUUUCCUAAAGUAGAACGUGUCCGCUAUAGCCGAGUAGAAGACCCCACCGAUGACUAUGGUACCGAGGAUUAUGCAGGUCCCUGUGACCCUGAGUGCAGUGAGGUCGGCUGUGAUGGGCCAGGACCAGACCACUGCAGUGACUGCUUAAACUACUACUAUAAACUGAAAAACAACACCAGGAUCUGUGUCUCCAGCUGCCCCUCUGGCCACUACCAUGCUGACAAGAAGCGAUGCAGAAAGUGUGCCCCCAACUGUGAGUCCUGCUUUGGAAGCCAUGGUGACCAGUGCCUGUCCUGUAAAUAUGGAUACUUCCUAAAUGAAGAAAUCAACAGCUGUGUUAUCCAGUGCCCUGAUGGAUCAUACCCGGACACCAAGAAAAGUCUUUGCCGGAAAUGCAGUGAAAACUGCAAGACAUGUACUGAAUUCCACAACUGUACAGAAUGUAGGGAUGGGUUAAGCCUGCAGGGAUCCCGGUGCUCAAUCACCUGUGAGGAUGGGCAGUACUUCAAUGGCCAGGACUGUCAGCCCUGUCACCGCUUCUGUGCCACCUGCGCUGGGCCGGGUGCUGACGGGUGUAUUAACUGCACAGAAGGCUACUUCAUGGAGGAUGGGAGAUGCGUGCAGAGCUGCAGUCUCAGCUACUACUUUGAUCACCCUUCAGAGAACGGAUACAAAUCCUGCAAAAAAUGUGAUGCUACCUGUUUGACAUGCAAUGGUCCGGGGUUCAAGAACUGCACGAGCUGCCUCAGCGGGUAUCUCUUAGACUUAGGGACAUGUCAGAUGGGCGCCAUCUGCAAGGACGGAGAAUACAUUGAUGAACAUGGUCACUGCCAGGUCUGUGAAGCCUCGUGUGCCAAGUGCUGGGGGCCAACUCAGGAAGACUGCACUGACUGCCCCAUCACAAGGACUUUUGACAAUGGCCGCUGCAUUUUCAAAUGUCCCUCAGGGAAAUUUGAAUUUGAGAACCAAUGCCAUCUAUGCCACUACACCUGCCAAGAAUGCCAAGGAAAUGAGCCUUCCAACUGCACUGCCUGUGGAGUAGAUAAGCAUGGCCAGGAGCGCUUCCUAUAUCAGGGGGAGUGUUGGGAGAGCUGCCCAGCAAGCCACUACCCUGCCGAGGGGCACACCUGCCUGCCCUGCUCAGACAACUGUGAGCUUUGCCACAGCGCACACAUCUGUACACGAUGCAUGGGUGGCUACUUCAUAGUGCCCACCAACCAUACCUGCCAGAAGUUGGAGUGUGGACAAGGUGAAGUUCAAGACCCAGACUAUGAAGAGUGCGUGCCUUGUGAAGCAGGAUGUCUGGGGUGCAGCUUGGAUAAUCCAGGAACCUGUACAUCAUGCACUACGGGGUAUUACAUGUUUGAACACCACUGUUAUAAGACCUGUCCUCAGAAGACCUACAGUGAAGAAUCUGAAUGCAAAGCGUGUGAGACCAACUGUGGCGAUUGUGACCAGCACCAGUGCUACUGGUGUGAAGAAGGCUUCUUUCUCCUGGAUGGCUCUUGUGUGAGCACAUGUGGUCCUGGCUUCCAUGGCGACCCAGAGCUGGGACAGUGUGAGCACUGCCACCCGGCCUGUGUGACCUGCACUGGCCUUGGCCACCAUCAGUGCAGCAGCUGCCGGGAAGGACUGCAGCUGCAACACGGGACAUGCGUGGAGCCUGCCCAGACCCAGGUGGAAGGCAAAUUCUGGAAUGAGCCUGUGCCCACUGCAAGCCCAUCUUUGGUGAGGAGCCUGCCACAGAAGCGACGGCGGAAGUUUCAAAUCAAAAGAGACAUUUUGAGAGGACAGCAGCCUUGUCAUCCUUCUUGUAAAACCUGCAACGAAUCUGCGACCCUGUGCACUUCGUGUCCAAAAGGCACGUAUCUGCUGGCCCAGGCCUGUGUCUCCUCCUGUCCUGAAGGCACAUGGCCCUCGGCGAGGAGUGGCCACUGUGAGAACUGUAUGGAGGACUGUACCUCCUGCUCUGGAGCCGAUCUCUGCAGAACGUGCCGGACGGGGCCGGACUUCCCUCUCUUCCUCCACGAAGGCAGGUGCUACACCAGGUGCCCUGAGGGCUUCUAUGCAGAAGACCGCAUGUGUGAGCACUGUAGCUCUCCUUGCAGAACAUGCGAAGGAAACGCCACCAACUGCCUCUCUUGCCAAGGAAGCCUCAUCCUGCACCAGGGAGCAUGCCGGGAAGCCUGCCCCGAGAGGCACGUGGCCGUGGAGGGGGUGUGCAAGCAUUGCCCUGAGAGGUGUCAGGACUGCAUCCAUGAGAAGACAUGCAAAGAGUGUAUGCCUAAGUCCUUCCUGUACCAGGAUAUGUGUCAGCCAUCCUGUCCCCGUGGCUUCUACGCGGACAUACGAGAGUGUGUCCCCUGCCACGAAGACUGUCUGGAGUGUAGUGGCCCCUCGGCGGAUGACUGUGACCUCUGUGCGGAGCCAUCCCUGGUUCUCUACGACGGACGGUGUUUGGAUGAAUGUCCAGUGGGAACUUACUAUGAAAAAGAGACUAAGGAUUGCAGAGAUUGCCACAAGUCCUGCCAGACCUGCUCAUCACCUGGGAUUUGCACGGCCUGUCAGGAGGGCCUUCUGGUCAACCACCAUGGGGACUGCGUGCCUCACAAGGAAUGUGCCUCCUUUGAGUACUGGGAUGUGGAGGCUCUGAGAUGCAAGCCCUGCCAUGCUAAGUGCUUCCGCUGCACGGGGCCUGCUGAGGACCAGUGUCUCGCCUGCCAGAGGGACAACCUUCUUUUCAACAUGACCUGCUUGCAUGACUGCCCCGAGAGCUACUAUGCUGAUGAGGACAGCCACCAAUGUGUCCCCUGCCACAACUCUUGUAGGACGUGUGAAGGGAGACACAGCACACAAUGCCUCUCCUGCCAACCAGGCUUGCUCCAGCUGGAAAAGCAGUGCCUGCUGCAGUGCCGGGAAGGAUAUUACGCAGAAAUCUCCACGGGACGGUGCAAGAGGUGCAGCAAGAGCUGCAAGGCAUGCCAGGGCCCGCGGCCCACCGACUGCCUGUCUUGCGAUUCGUUUUUCUUUCUGCUCCGCAUCAAGGGAGAGUGUCAUCGCACCUGCCCAGAGCAUUACUAUGCAGAGCAAGGCACACGGACGUGUGAGAGAUGCCACCCGACCUGCGACAAAUGCAAAGGAAAAGGAGCAUUGAAUUGCUUAUCCUGUGUGUGGAGUUACCACCUAAUGGGAGGAAUCUGCAGCUCGGACUGUCUGGCGGGGGAAUACAGAGUGGGAGAGGGUGAGAAGUUUAACUGUGAAAAAUGCCACAAGAGCUGUGUGGAAUGCAAGGGACCUGGCACCAAGAACUGUACCAUGUGCCCCGCCAGCCUGGUGCUGCUUAUGGAUGACAACCGUUGCCUACCCUGCUGUAACACGUCCAAUCCCGCCAACACCCAGGACUGCUGUGACUGCCGGGACACCACAGAGGAGUGUAUCCUUCAAGCAAGCGAAAUUGGGCCUGCCAGUGAACAGACGAAGAUAGCCCUGUUCAUCACCUCCUCCGUUAUGCUGGUGCUUCUGCUUGGGGCAGCUGUGAUUGCCUGGAGGAAAUCGCGGGGCCGAGGCCAGCCGGUAGUGAAGGCCGGCUAUGAGAAGCUGGCCAACCCUAGCAAGUCAUACGUUUCCUAUAAGAGCAGCCCCAGCUUGGAGGAGGAUCAGGUGAUUGAGUACAGGGACCGGGACUAUGAUGAGGAUGAUGGUGAUGACAUUGUCUACAUGGGCCAAGAUGGCACUGUUUACCGGAAAUUUAAGUAUGGGCUCCUGGAUGAGGAUGAGGAGUAUGAGCUGGAAUAUGAUGAUGAGAGCUACUCCUACCAGUAGACAAGAGGCCACCCCCCUCCCCCACCCUGCCCCAUUCCACUCACAGGCAUGCAUUCGAGCGUUGCAGUUUUGGAGUUUUAUCCCCACACAUCAGGCUGAUGUGUGGGUGUUUGUCUUUGUCCUCUUAACCAUGAGUCCGACUAGGGUAUGUAAGAAUGCUGAAAUAAUUUGUUCUUCUUUUGAGUGGCUAAACUCAAUUAACCAUAACUGAGGAACAAGGAUAAAAUUCAGAGAGAUUUCCCUCAAAAUAAUAAGUCAAAAUACAGGAAGUGAAAAAAGUGAGAUUAGUACAUUUCAUGAGAUUAAAGAAUAUUGGACCUAUAGGAAUUCUGUUUCUCAGCUGUCUUGCGGAGAUAUUUGCCGCCUUCUGGGAUUCUGGUGUUUCUGUAAAUGAUUUGGGGGUAUGGGGAGACAAAAGAGUUGUUUGUCUCAGGGGAUUUUUCUCCCCUGUCAGCCAUCUUUAGGCAAAGGUAGUUCUGCUAGGGCCAGCUGAAGAGGGUUCUCCUCCUCAUGCCCUUUAUCACUUGCCUCCAGACUGCCCCCGCGGAGCAGAAGACAAUACCUGUGCUAAGGGUGUUCUCAACCUACUGGGAGAUGAGGAAAGAAAAGGGAGCCAGCAUCAGAGCCAAGGAACCAUGUGCUCCCUAGGCUCUGGUUCUUCUGCAGGAAUCCACAGCCAUCCUGUUCUAGAGACAAAGCAAGCUCAGGCAGGACAUAGAUAGCAGCAAGCCAGUAGGACAGAAAUCAUUACAUUUCCAAGAAUUGCAGCGUUACAUGCUCACGAUUUUCUAAGAGCUUUUGUGGUGGGAAACACCAGCUAAGACAUUGAGUAAUAAAAGAAAAAUGGUAGUGUUAAAAUGGGAUAAAAUGACAAGAACUGCAUCGACUCUGAGGGAAAAAAAACAAAAAUGUUUUUAGCUACCAAAUCAAAAAGAUUUCAUUGACAGCCUGUCACGGAGCUGAGAACUCCCUGUAGAAGAAGUUGGAGCGGAUUCUAAUGUGGAAAAUCCCAAUGUCCUGCUCACGAGCGUAAUCCAGUUGCCCACCAGCCUUCCAACACUCUCUACUGCUGUGAUCCAUUUCUAGACAUCCUAGGCUCUCCUUGGUCCACUCUCCUGUCAAGUACAAGCUCGGAUUUGGGUACAGGGCCAUUUUCUACCAAUAGUAAUACAGAGAGAGGGGCUUUUACCGUGUGAAAUUACGUAAGCAGGGUUUUGCAGAUUUUCUUGUCCAAGCAGAAGCUAGAACCAGUACUGGGAGGGGAUCACGAAAAAAUGAUAUUUUCAGAUGACAAUGUUAAAAUGUCCUUAAUUGGGUUUGAGAUUUCCUAAAAAAUUUAUCACACACCUCCUAUGUGAUUGGUAUUGAGCUAACUAAUUUGUUUAAGAAAAAAGUCACCUCGCUUAAUAUCAUGAUUUCAUGAGGCUCGUACCAUUAUACCCUGUUUUUAUAGGAAACCUAAGACUUUUGAGAGGUUAAAAGAAUGACCCCGAAGUGCAAAUUCUUAAUAGCUAUGCGAUACUGGCAUAAAAUAAGAAGCAACCUAAAUAUAGUAUAGAAGAGAGUGUAUAUUAUUUUAUUUCAUGAUAUGGCAACUAUAUUACCUUUACUAAAUUCAUGCUUUUGCUUUUCUUUUAACAUAACGUAUCACAGACACAGGAAAUCUCUGUGAAGAAGCCUUCCAAGUACUGAAGGCCUCCAUGUUUCUUAGGGGAAUGCUCUUAAAACAAAGGUUGGCAAACUUUCCUCUGGAAAGGGCCAGAUAGUAAAUACUUUAGGCUUUGCACAAUGAUCGGCUCUGCCAUAUGGCACUAAUGCAGCCAAUCCAGAACAAAUAAGUGGGCUAUAUUCCAAUUAAACUUUAUUUAUGGGCACCGAAAUUUGGAUUUAAGGUAAUUUUCACAUAUCAUGAAAUAUUGUUCUUUUUUUUUUUUUUCCUUCCAGCACUUAAAAAUGUAAAACCAUUCUUAGCUCGGGGCAGUACACAAUCAGGUAGUGGGCCAAAUUGGCCAACAGGCUGUAGUCUGCCGACCUCAUCUUAAAAAAAAUCCUUAAGAGCCCAUGUCUAUUUAUACACACUUGAUAUGCUUUCAACAGUUUUGAUCAUUUAAAAUCAUCUCUUCCAAAUCUAUCUGAAGUUCUGAUAGUGCCGUUUUCGAUUCUUAGAAAUUAAAAAUGGAUGUAGGAUAGCCAUCAUAUCAAUGAGAGACUUCCUUAUCCCUUGCUGUGUAUUUACGGAGUGUAGCUUAUGCAAGAGUAAUUUUGUUCAUUCUGUGUUGUUCUUCUUCCCUGAUAAUUCUGAAGCCCUGAUAGACUGAGUUGGACAUUUCUUUGUCUGAAAAUGGUUUUCCAAGAAAAAUCUGUGUUUAUGAUACACAGUUAAAAAUUAAAUGAGGUUGAGAUGACCUUGAAUACCAAGAAAAAUUGUGUUAUUACCUUGUGUGAGCCCGAAAAAAAAAGGCUUGUGCUGUGUGUUGGAACAGUUUGACAUCUUUCCUUCUUUGUUCUUGGUCAUGCCCCGUUAUCCUCAGACUUCUUUUGAAAACUAUGCUACCUACUGUCUAAACAGAUAAAUGUGUGGUUGGAAAACAACGUCCCUUUUUGGUUUUCUGUUUGCAAAUAACUUGGAAAUAUUAAGAGGAUCCUUAUAGACUGGAAAUGCACCAAGACGCUGAGCAAGGGCUUGGAAAGUUCCAGUUCAGAGAAAGCAAUUUUAAAAUUGGACACAAAAUUAAAUCAAGUUCAGAGAAGGCAAAGGGGACUGGCUUAUUAACAGACUAUUUUUGAGCACAUUGCAUGUGUGGUAUUAUACUUUACCAAGUCAGAGACACAAAACUAUGCUGUUUGUUAAGAGCGCUGUUUUUUCUUUUUAUCUUUCUACCUCCAAUGACUGGAGCUAGUCAUAGUAGUUAUGAAACUUCUUCCUAAAAAUCAAUCCAAUCCGUCUGUCAGCCCCACCACCACUGACUCAGGUCCCCAGUCUCUCUCAUCUGGAUGUU